AUGGCCCUGAAAGUUGAAGUUUACCAGAAAGAGAAAGUGAGGCCAUCUUCACCAACUCCCCAAACCUUGAGAUACCAUAAGCUUUCUCUCCUUGACGUACUCGCCGGACCUUUUUAUACCCCGCUGAUUUUGUUCUACGACUCCGGCGCCGGCCCUCGUCGCCACGAUUAUGAUGAGCUCAGGGAAUCGCUCUCUAAGACAUUAUCCGUCUUGUACCCGUUCGCCGGAAGACUUAAAGAUGGAUCAAUAAUCGAAUGCAACGAUGAGGGCGCGGAUUUCGUCCGAGCUAAUGUUACGAAUUACGAUUUGGGUGAGUUUCUCCGGGACCCGAAGCUGGAAGAUCUACGGCAGCUCCUUCCGCGUGACCCGUACCCGGGCGCUAUUGAUCCGGCCAUGCCAAUGUUAGCUGUUCAGUUGACCAGGUUCCGGUGCGGCGGAACUGCGGUGGCGUUCUGCACGUGGCACGGGGUGGUGGAUGCGAUUGGGAUGGCCGGAUUGUUCAACACCUGGGCCGCAAUCAACCGGGGGGAACGGGUAGCCACUAAUCCCGGCGGUGGUCUCGUCGUGGACGCCGCCGCAAUUUUCUCGCCGGGGAAUUCCACCGUCUUCCAGGCAAUGAGCACUGCCAUGGCGGGGUUGAAAAAGAAGCUGGGAAAAUACGCCUCCAAAAGAUUUAUUUUUAGCAAGCAGGAUAUCGACCGGAUCAAGAACCAAUACAGUCAAUCGGAGCAUCACCGCCGUCCAUCUCGAGUGGAGGCGCUGUCGGCAUUCGUAUGGGCGGCAGUGAUAAGAGCAACUCUAGUGGCGAACCCAACCCUCAAGACGCACUUGCUCUCACAUUAUGUGAACUUGCGAAACAAGGUGGACCCGCCCUUACCUUCGCAGUGCCUAGGCAACAUCAUCCAAGGGACUGAGUCCGUGUGGGAAGUCGCAACCGGACCGGUUUCUACCCGGUCCGUUGUAGGAAGAGUCGUGGAAGCCAUUGACAAGGUUACAAAGGACUACGUGAGGGAAAUGCACACGGAAGGUGGGUUUUUGAGAUCAAUAAUAGCCCGACGGUCAAAGAUAAUAGAUUACAAUAAAGGUGAGACUAAAACUUUAAAUAUAAGUAGUUUGUGUAAUAUUCCCUUUGGGGAAGUUGAUUUUGGGUGGGGCAAGCUGAUAUGGAUUGGUAUGGGUCAUACACUCAAUGACAUUGCUCUUUUCGUGGAUACUAAAGAUGGAGGAGUGGAAGCGUGGAUUGGGUUGGAACAUGAAGUUAUGUACAAUUUAGACAAGGAUAUAGAAUUUUGUGCAUAUGUGUCGUUUGCUCAUAUAGUUUUAGAAUCGUCUUGUCGUCUAAGUUCUGCACUCUAA